AUGAAGAAGCACCAUUUCCUUGUUCUCUCUUUGCCUGCACAAGGCCACAUAAACCCCACUCUCCAACUAGCCAAGAACCUUGCACGCGCUGGUGCACGCGCCACCUUUGUCACGACCGUUUACGGCCUCAAGCAAAUGAAAAAUCUCCCAACACAAGACGGGUUAUUCUAUUCCUCGUUCUCCGAUGGGUACGAUGAUGAUAGUUGGAUUUUGAACAAACACAACAAUUAUUUCAACGAUUUAAAGAAAAACGGAACGAAAAACCUCAAAAAUCUCAUUCGAAAAUUUUCCAACGAGGGUCACCCCGUUACGUUCUUGAUAUACACAAUUCUCUUACCAUGGGUUGCAUUGGUGGCGCGUGACUUGCACGUGCCGUCAGCUUUGCUUGUCAUUCAGUGUGGUACUGCUUUUGCAAUUUAUCACCAUUUAUUCAAUUCCACCAAUGGAGUUUAUAGUUCUGUUAGUGAUAUUAUGGUUACACCCUCGUUUCCUAUUGUAUUUCCAGAAUUACCCUUAUUUUCAUGCAAUGAUAUUCCUACUAUAGUUUUACCUAAUAGUCCUCACUCUUCAAUCAUGAUACCUAUUAUGAGAGAACACAUACAAAAUCUUGAAAAUGAUCCAAAUUCUUGUGUUCUCAUCAACUCGUUCAACGCAUUAGAAGAAAAAUCCAUGAGAAUUAUCGAUAAAAUGAGGAUAUUUUCAGUUGGCCCUUUGGUUCCUUCUGCUUUUUCUGAUGGAAAUGAUCCUAAAGACAAGUCUUUUGGAUGCGAAUUAUUUGAUAAGUCUGAGAAAAACUAUCAUCAAUGGUUGGAUUUGAAACCCAAGGGCUCAGUUGUGUAUGUAUCAUUUGGGAGUUUAGCAGUGUUAAAUAGAGAACAAGAAGAAGAAAUUUUGCGCGGAUUAUUGGAAAGUGAAAGGCCAUUUGUAUGGGUGAUGAGAAAAGGGGAAGAAGAAGGACAAAACAAGAAUCUUGAUUAUGAUGAUGUUGUAAAUGAGAAAUUAGGGUGUUUUGUGACACACUGUGGAUGGAAUUCGACUUUAGAAAGUAUAGUAAGUGGUGUGCCUAUUAUGGGGUGUCCACAAUUUUCUGAUCAAACAACAAAUGCCAAAAUGGUGGAGGAAGUUUGGGGAAUAGGAAUAAGAGCAAAAGAAGUGGAAGGAAUUGUAAAAAGGGAAGAGUUGAAGAGGUGUUUGGAAAUUUUGAUGGGAAAUAAAGAGAAAGGGGAAGAAAUUAGAAGGAAUGUGAAGAAAUGGAGUGAUUUGGCUGUGGAAGCUGUGAAAAUUGGAGGUUCUUCAGAUGAUAAUUUGAAGAAAUUCAUAGAGGGUUUGUGA